CCUCUAGCUCUUGGAAAAUAUCUUGCGUGUCCGGAAAAUAAGGUGACCAUCAUAUUGGUCAUUCACAAUGUCGGUUGCAUUGGACGGGGCACACUUGGAGGACAAGGAUGGUCUAAUCCAACCUGACAAACUUGCAAGCACACAUAACGACAAUCCUCAAAUUUCGACACCCCCGCCGUCAAAUAACUCGGACGAAUUAUCGCCUACAAACGAGAACGCCCUCGUACAGACGCAAAAGAAGAAGAAAAAGAAGAAGAGCAAGAAGCCUAAAGCAAAGGAGUCUCCUUCAGGUGCUCCUACUGCAGAUGUCGAACGUGACCGUGCUUCGGUGCUAUGCAUCAGCAGAAACAAACAUUGGAGGUACAUCAGCUCCUACCAUGGUCCAUGGCUCCAGCUCCCCCUAGAACUUUUGGAGUCCCUGCUUGUCCUCAACCUGGAUCCAGCUACCCUUUCUGUACCGGAAACAAGGUUGCCAGCUCUCCCCCCGCCCCCGCCUUCGUCGACUCACCAUUCUCACUCUUACUCUCACACUAUCCAAAACUCUCGCAUGCGCGACCGUGAUCGUGGAUUUCAUUCUCUAGCAGAUCAUACACCGCCCGACUCCCCGCGUAGCACCUUCACACCCCUUCCUGCCACCUACACUUCUACCGUAUCAGCACCGGCACCAUUCCCCUUGCCUUCCCCAGGAAAGGCAACUCCUCCUCCCAUCGAUCCGGGUGUCUUUCGCAGUGUCACCGCUAUCCGGAGACUCAUCGACGAAGCAGCGGAGCUUUCCGUUCGUGCAACCUCUGGGCUCUCUGCUGCUGCUCUCGGUUCUAUGCGUGCUGGCGGUGGAGGUGGUGGCGCAUGGGCUGCUGCACAGGCUUUGGGGCUCGAUGGAUCGGGGCAAAAUGCUGGAGGUCGUAACGUUGCCAUGAGUGCUAUGCGGGUACAUCGAUUACGGGCGCUUGCCGUGCAGAAGCUUGCACUGGCUUAUAAAGCGGAUGAAAUUGCGAGCAGCGUCAUGGUAAUGCAAGGUGGCAGCGUAUUUGACGAUAUCGCGGAGCGAGUGCUCAAACAUGACCCUGGUGAUUUGGAUGCCCGUUAUGUGCAUUUCUUUCAUGAAAAGAUACCUUCCAGACAACUGGCCGAAUCGACUACCACACAGCUGUUAGAUGAACUCAUCGCAGCGCAACCGCAGCGUUUGGAAUUGUACCGAACUCGCGGGAUAGUCCAUUGUUUCCGCGACGAAUAUACGCAAGCUACGAAGGAUUUCACUUAUGCACUCAAAGAAUCUCGUGCUGCACGCAAAGCCAGGCUUGCUCAUAGGAAUGUCACUUCUUCAAGCGAGUCUCGGGGCAAGAGCCACAAGAAGAAAAAAGGUCAUAAUAAAUCAAAUGGACAGGCUCCACCCAGCGGCACUAGUGCUUCAGCUGAAGCAACCACUAUAGAAGGCCCUGACGGAGAACCACUUCUUUUGCAUCCCUCUGUUUUACCUGAUGCACCUGAUCCUAUCGAACCACAGCUCCUCUUCCUCCGUGGCUCCGCUUUCCUACAGCAUGCUGUCUUCCUUAUCGAAUCCACAAUACUUCAACUAGAGGGGAUUGGUAAAACGCCAGCGGCCCUCGAUGGGGCUGAGCUACGCUUAUGCUACGUUGAAAAUGGGCGCUAUGGAGGUGUCGAAAUCGGUAACCCCGACGGGCCUCUUGGGCGUAGUGAUGGAGCAAAGGCUCGCGCGUACAGACACGUUCUUGCGGAAGAAACUUUCCGAGAGCAGAUUUAUGCACUCGUGCGAAAGAGCAUGCGGGACCAUGAACGAUUCCUUGCCCACUUUGAUACACUGGAAGGACCUCCCCCCGCAGCCAACGGCGAUGGCCCUCCUGCAGACUUGGCACAAAGAGUUGAGAUGGCAUUCCUGUUAACGGAGUCCGUACGCCCAGGCACCCACUCUGCAGCGGCUGGGCUAGCAUCCGUAGAUUCGGUUGUACCAGCUAUGUUCACGACGUACCACCCUCUGCUUGUAGAGUCACAUUUUAGCAUCUUGAUCUGCCAGCUUAUGCUCAUGAAUCUGCCCACACUGCUUCCUAAUUUCGCACGCACGGCUGCGCUCGUCGAUGGUCUGGAGGGCUAUCCUGUCUUCCUCCCCCCACGAUCCAUGGCCCAAGCUGAGUUCAUUGAAAUGCUCGAGCGUCUUGCUAGUGGAUGGAAAGUUGGCGUACAGCCUCAUUCGCUCCUUGCUCAGGCGACCGGCAGGCUGGCUAUCGAGGCUCCGCCAUCUUCGCCACCCACGCCCUCGAUCGAUGCCAUGUCCUCAUCUUCAGGUGAUAGCGAUUCCACACGUCCUAGUGCUUCUACAUCUACUUGCCACGACUCUAGUCCUUCCUCGCAACAAUCACCGGGCUGCGAUACGCCCACAAACAGAAGUCGCAUGGAUCUCGUUGAGAAUCUGGACUGUAUGCGCAUGUUACUGGUACCUGUUGCAGCGAGGCAAAAAGAGAGAGCUGAUAAGGCAGCGGCUGAGCGAGCAGCGGGGACGAACAAGAAGAAACCGCUAAACAUCAAUAUACCCCUUCACGGCCCACGGGUAGAAAUCGUGCUGGCUUGGCUCGCUGCAGUGCACUUGGUUGAAUUAGAAAGCGUUGCAUGAACGUGAGCGAAAAGUGACAUUGGUCACUGCUACGUUGUUUUGGUUGUCUUUCCCUUUAAUUGUAUAUUUAUGUGCGUCUAGCAUG